AUGGCAAGCAGAGAUGGGGAUCUCAGCUUCAGGGCAGUCACAGAGGAUGAAGUUUCACAGGAGGUCAUGUUCAAGCUUUUCAGAACAAACAAAGUAGAAAUCGCAAGUGCAAUAACAAAGCCAUUUCCUUUCCUCAUGAGCCUCCGGGACCGAGCCCUCAUCUCUGAGCAAAUGUAUGAGGAUUUUCAAGAUGCUUGUACAAACCUGGUCCCGGUGAGAAGGGUGAUGUACGAUGUCCUUACCGAACUGCAGAAAACUUUCCACCCGUCGCUCCUGAAAGUGCUGUUCAGCAAAACCAACCUGCAGGCCUAUCCUGACUUAAAGAAGAUCUCCAGAAGCUUCUCAUAUGUUUCCCAUGAACAUGUGGCUCUCCUGCAGACAAAUGGAGCAGAUGCUGGAGAGAUACCCAGAGUACCACCGGGCGGUGGGCAAGGGAUUUAUGAUCCACAAACUCCCCAGAUAACUCACAGAGGCAAAAGGACCCUCAAUCUCCCACCAGAUGAAGGAGAAGGCAACAGCAAGACUGAUUUCCAGUGUCCUUUAGAGAACAGCAAUGACUGUGUGGAGAUGUCUGAGGCAGAGGAGCCCAAAGAGGCCUCAAGCUCCUUUUCAAGGCAUGGGCUGGCCUCCUGUGACCCUGAAGCUCCCCAGGUGACUAACGGAGAUGAAGCAGAGGAGACUGCGAGCCAAGCACCAUGUCAGGAAGAAGAGGAAGGUAAUGGGCCCUGUUUACGGAGGCUGAGUGGAGAAGAGCCCGGAACUCCCACCAAGUCUUUGUCCGGGAACAGAGGCAGGGACUGUUUGGACUGCGAGGUGCCCACGCCGAACUCUGAGCAGGAGCCUCCUGAAUCUGAUGAACUACAAGACUACCACAUGAAUGAAGAAGAAUCUGAAGAGCUUAAUUCUAGUCCACUACCCCCAAAUAGUCAAGGAGCAGAGCAAUCGGGACGUGAAACUGAGAAGUGUUUCUGUGUCAUGUGUUGCCCAAAACUUCCAGAAGAUUGGGCAGCAAUAACAAACAGUAGCCAAGCAUGUGACCUGUCGGGUACUUCAGAUACUGGAACCUGUUCUACUUCAGGAAAACCCAAGAGGAAAAGAAGAAAAAAGAGAGGACACAACUGGUCAAGAAUGAAAAAGAAAAGACCACAAAACAUACAUCAAAAAUUUUUCCCAGGGACAAGGAGAGGCAAGUCUAAAAUCCACUUAACUCAGAAUGACAGAGAUGCACCAAAAAAAGUCCAAUUAAAAGGGAGAAGAGGAGGCAGAUGCAAAUUUCCAAGUAACAGAGUUGUAAGGAAAAAAGGUUGGUUAAAAGGGAUAAACAGAGUCAACACUAAACUUAUCAGGAGAGUUGGGAAAAAAGGUUUCAGAUAUCUCAAAAAAACUGAUGUGGAUUUCAGUAUUCCGGAACUUCCAGUGACCUGCGGCUACGCUAGGGGGACUCUGAUCAAGAAGCUGUUUAAGCAAGGAAUCUGGAAGAAGAGCAUCCAGAGUGAGGAUGGAAGGUGGUUCACCCCCAGGGAGUUUGAAAUUGAAGGAAACUAUGCACCCUCCAAGAACUGGAAGCUAAGCUUGCGCUGCCACGGCUGGAAACUGAAAGAUCUGCUGGAGGAUAUCUACCAAAACUGCCAAAUAAAAGAACAAAGGGCUAUGUUCCUAGGCAAGGAGCUCUUCCCUGGCAAGGUCUCCACGAUUCCGGACCUUGUGGUCCCUGUGGUCCUGGAGGAUGCGUCCUCAGGGAUGCUCCUCCCACUGAGGAACUCAGAGGAAUGCGAGGUGUGCAGGGAUGGGGGAACACUGUUCUGCUGUGACAGUUGCUCCAGAGCCUUCCACAAGGACUGUCACGUAGCACGUGUGGAAGCUAACAGGGACCCGUGGAGCUGCAUCUUCUGCAGGGUGGAGCCCUUCCAAGUCCAGCAGCGUUACCAGGAAUCUGAGAUCCUGGAGAGGCCGAUGCAGGCCGAGGAACAGCUGAAAUGUGAGUUUCUCCUCUUAAAGGUCUAUUGCUGUUCCGAGAGCUCCUUUUUCGCCAAAAUUCCAUAUUAUUAUUAUAAUAAGGAGCCUUCUGAAGUUUCAAAGGAACACAUGUGGUUGGACAAAAUCAAGACCAAGUUAACCAAGAAGGAUUAUACGCAAGUGGAAGGGUUUGUGCAGGACAUGCGCCUCAUCUUUGAGAACCACAGGCACUUCCACAAGGACCCUAAGUUUGGCCAAAUGGGACUUAGACUGGAGGCUGAAUUUGAGAAGAACUUCAAGGAAAUCUUUGCUAUUCAGGGAACAAAUGAGAGCAGUUGA